AUGGAGCAAGCAAUUCUUGAUGGGUUACAAAAUCUACAGCUUACUAAGGAGGAAGAAGAGGACAUUCAAGUCACAAUACAAGAUAGAGCAGAUCUUCUUGAAGAAUGCGCCCUCAGUCUUUUUGGAAAGCUUCAGUCGGACAGACAACAGAAUCAACGUGCUCUUAAGAGCACACUCAGAGCGGUUUGGAAGAUGGGAUCAGAUUUUAGGAUUGUUGAAGUGGGUAAUGGUAUACUACAGUUUAAGUUCAGUUCACAAUAUCAGAUGGAAUGGGUUGAAAGAAAUGGUCCAUGGAAUUUUGACAAUAAUCUACUCCUCCUAUGUCGUUGGAAAAAAGGUCUUUCUGCAGCAAAUAUUGUGUUCACGCAUUCACCCUUUUGGGUCCAGGUAUGGGGGCUUCCCUUUGAGUUAAUGGCAGAAGAAACAGGGAGGGAUAUUGGGAGCAGAAUAGGCAACUAUCUUGAAACAGACAGAAGAUCAUGGCAGAUGGAUCAGGCCAAAUUUAUGAGAGUCCGAGUGGCCCUGCAACUAGAUAAACCACUUCGUAGAGGUGGGUAUGUUACAAACUUGGAAAAAAAAAGAAUGUGGGUCACUUUCAAAUAUGAAAGACUCCCAUCUGUCUGUUAUGGUUGCGGCAAGAUUGGCCAUGAUGAGAGACACUGUGCAACGCCACCAAAUGAUCGAACAGCUGAACGCCAAUAUGGAGACUGGAUUCGGGCAAAUGGGAUUCACAAAGCGAGUCAAGGAAGAGAAAAAUCUAAUAAGUCCGAUAGCUACCCUUCAAGGAAUGAAAGUGGAAGACCUGGAUCACCACUGGGAACGAACGGCACGAAUGAUCCAACGGCUAACAGCAGUGAUGGGGAUCAACGUUCAAGAGGAAAUCAGGGGCUUGAAAACAAUGACAGCGUAGGUGAGCUAGGUGUGGCUGAGUUGACAAGGAGUCAGGCGGUAGGUUAG